AUGGGUUAUGUUCCAAGAGGCGGCAGAGGUGGCAGUAGCAGUGGAGGUUUCAGAGGUGGUAGUGGAGGUUUCAGAGGUGGCAGUGGAGGUUUUAGAGGAGGACGAGGUGGAUUUAGAGGAGGCAGAGGUGGAGGACGUGGUGGAUUCAGAGGAGGAAGAGGUGGAUUCAGAGGUGGCCAUGAUGGAUUCAGAGGCGGCCGUGAUGGUGGACGUGGCGGACGUGGAGGUCGUGGAGGAGCAAGAGGAGGUGCCAGAGUUGUCAUAGAACCACACAGACAUAAGGGAGUUUACAUUGCCAGAGGCAAGGAGGAUCUUUUAGUCACUAAGAAUUUGGUCCCAGGAGAGUCAGUGUAUGGAGAGAAGAGAGUUUCGGUUGAAGAACCAUCUACAGACCCAAGUACUCCUCCUACUAAGGUUGAAUACAGAGUUUGGAAUCCUUUCAGAUCUAAGUUGGCCGCCGGUAUCAUGGGUGGUUUGGACGAUAUAUUCAUGGGACCUGGCAAGAAGGUCCUUUAUUUGGGUGCCGCUUCCGGUACCACUGUUUCGCACGUUUCCGACCUUGUUGGACCAGAAGGUAUUGUUUACGCUGUUGAAUUCGCACACAGACCCGGUAGAGAGUUGGUUUCCUUGGCCAAGAAAAGACCAAAUAUCAUUCCUAUAAUCGAAGAUGCCAGACACCCACAGAAAUACAGAAUGUUGGUGAGUAUGGUGGACUGUGUCUUUGCUGAUGUUGCUCAGCCUGACCAGGCCAGAAUUAUUGCUUUGAACUCCCAUUUAUUCUUAAAAGAUGGAGCUGGAGUGGUUAUUUCUAUCAAAGCCAACUGUAUUGAUUCCACGGUGGAUGCAGAGACUGUGUUUGCCAGAGAGGUGCAAAAGAUGAGAGAGGAGAGAAUCAAGCCUUUGGAACAGUUGACGUUGGAACCCUACGAGAGGGAUCAUUGUAUUGUUGUUGGAAGGUACAUGAGGAGUGGUCUAUGA